AUGGCCGCACAAACACUCGUACUUCCCGGCGAAGCCAUUCCUUCAGACAUCCUCCCUAUUCCCUCAAAUCCAUCUCUUGCACUCAAACUGGGCCCUGGCCUCCGCCAUGUCCCUCCGUCAACCAUAACCUCCGUCCUCGCUGGCUCGCUAUGCAUCGACCAAAAGAAGAACUCAAUAUGGGUCGAAAACAACAGCGGUAGGUACAUACCCCAACCCAAUGACCUAGUCCUAGCAAUCGUCCACCACUCCUCGACCGACUGGUACCACUGCGCCAUCACGCCCCACACGACCCUCGCUCAGCUCCCGCAAUUGGCCUUCGAAGGCGCCACCAAGAAGACCCGUCCCCAGCUCAAUUCCGGCAGCUUGAUCUACGCGCGCGUCCUCUCGGCCUCGAAACACACCGACCCGGAGUUAGCAUGCUGCAACCCCUCGACCGGCAAGUCCGAAGGUAUGGGCGAGCUGAAAGGCGGGAUGGUGUUCGAUGUCAGCUUGGGGAUGGCGCGGCGGUUGUUGCUGGCGAGGCAGCGGGAAGAAGGGGGUCUCGUGGUGUUGGAGGAGAUAGCGGAGAAGGUGGCGUUUGAGGUUGCGGUCGGGAGGAAUGGGAAGGUGUGGGUGAAGAGUGGCGGGGUGAAAGAGACGUUGCUUGUAGGCAGGGCGUUGCAGGAGACGGAUAGGGAGGGGUUGGGAGUGGAAGAGCAGGGCAGGCUUGUGAAGAAGCUGCUCCGGGGAAUAUGA